CUUUCAGUCUUUCUUAUGCGAAUGAAGCCUGUGCCCAGGAAGUCUCGCGAGAGGGCGGGGCUGAGGCCUUUGCCGGCUGAGGCGCCGCCUCCUCCUCGCCUGGAUUGGAGGGGCUGAGGGAGCUGAGGGAGCGAGGCCUUCUCUUCCUCCUCCUGAUCCGCGAUGCCGGGCGGGCGGGCGUGCGCGGUGUGCGGCGGCUGCGAGAUCGAGGUAGACUCUGCCCGCGGGGAUGCGGUGUGCACGGGAUGCGGCUCCGUCCUGGAGGACAACAUCAUCGUCUCCGAGGUGCAGUUCGUGGAGAACAGCGGAGGAGGAUCCUCGGCCGUCGGGCAGUUCGUCUCCCUCGACGCUGCAGGGAAGACACAAACGGUCGGAGGAUUUCAUGUCAACUUGGGAAAGGAAUCACGGGCACAAACUCUGCAAAAUGGAAAACGGCAGAUCCAUCAUUUGGGAAACCAACUUCAGCUCAAUCAGCAUUGCCUUGAUACCGCCUUCAACUUCUUCAAGAUGGCGGUGAGCAAGCACUUAACCCGUGGGAGGAAGAUGACCCAUGUCAUAGCAGCUUGCCUCUACUUGGUGUGUAGGACAGAAGGCACCCCACACAUGCUGCUUGACCUCAGCGACCUCCUUCAGGUGAAUGUCUACGUCUUGGGCAAAACGUUUCUUCUGCUGGCCAGAGAGCUCUGCAUAAAUGCUCCAGCUAUAGAUCCAUGUUUAUAUAUUCCUCGCUUUGCGCACAUGCUGGAGUUCGGCACUAAGAAUCAUGAGGUUUCCAUGACGGCUCUGAGGCUCCUGCAGCAGAUGAAGAGAGACUGGAUGCACACGGGGCGGCGGCCCUCUGGCCUUUGCGGCGCAGCUCUUCUAGUUGCGGCAAGAAUGCACGAUUUUCGGCGCACUGUGAAAGAAGUCAUCAGGGUGGUUAAAGUUGGUGAAUCUACCUUAAGGAAAAGACUUACAGAGUUUGAAGAUACACCUGCAAGUCAGCUAACAAUAGAUGAGUUCAUGACAAUUGAUUUAGAAGAGGAAUGCGAUCCUCCCUCGUUUACAGCUGGUCAACGGAAGAUAAAGAUUCAGCAGCUGGAGAAGGAACUGUCAAAAAAGCUGGAAGAAUUAGAAGGUGAAAUAACAAGCUACCAAGAUGAAAUAGAGAUUGAAUUAGAGAAUAGCAGGCCAAAAGCAAAAGGAGUUUAUGCAAAUUACAAUAAAGAUGAUUCUUUGGAAGAUAAUACCAUGAGUAUAUUUGGAGAGGAGGAAGGAGAAGACGAAGAACUGGAAGCAGCUGCAAAUCAUUUAAACAAAGACUUUUACAGUGAACUUGUAGAUAAAGACAAAUCACAAGAAAAAGAAAUUUCUGUAAGGCCACCCGCCCUGGAGUCACUUCUAGGCCCUCUCCCUACUGCGGCCAGCCUUGGGAUAACAGAGUCGAUCAAAGAGUGUAUAUUAACGAAAGAUCGAGAUCUCAAUGAAAAUACUGGAGAUGGUGAAUUGGAUCUAAAUGGAAUUGAUGACACUGAAAUAGAUAUGUAUAUACUCAAUGAAUCAGAAGCCCAAAUAAAAGCAGAACUAUGGAUGAAGGAAAAUGCAGAUUAUUUAAAGGAACAAAAGGAAAAAGAAGCAAGAAUAGCAAAAGAGAAAGAGCUUGGGAUUUAUAAAGAACAUAAGCCAAAGAAGUCUGCAAAGAAACGGGAGCUGAUCCAGGCCAGCACAGCAGGAGAGGCAAUUGAAAAAAUGUUGGAACAGAAGAAGAUCUCGAGUAAAAUUAAUUAUAAUGUGUUAAGGGACCUCAACAGCAAAGGAGGGAGCACACCAAAGAAAGACGAUGACAGCAGCAAUGACAGCAGCAGCACCAAGAAGCUGUCAAGGAGAAAAACUCUCCCAGCUCGGAACGUGGCCAGCUCUGUGAACAGCGUGGGGAAAAGGUUAAGACCUUUGAUUUCAACACAACUAGCAAAAAAGCCAGCAACUGAACAGGCUGUUUUUCCAAGUACUCAGGCUGAAGCUCAAGCAGCUGAAAAGCCAGCAAAUGUCCUGGUAGAGACGGGGCCUGUAUCAUACAACCACGAGGAAGAAGUGGAAGAAGAAGAAGAAGUUGAAGAGGAGGAGGAUCACUGCGUGAGCGCCCUUCAGUUGAUGGGCGGAAAUGAUUAUGGCUGUGAUGUAGAUGAAGAUGAUGGAUAUUAAUCUGAUAUUACUCUAAAUGGUGAGAGAAGUUACCUGGUGACUGUAAAGAAAGCUCAUCCUAUGUCUAAACAGAGGUGCUUCCAUUCACCAUGGACUCUGAUCCAUAUCUGAUGAUUGUUAUGCUGGCCUUGGGACCUAUCGCAUCGACCUGUAGGCUGGCCAUUGGCUUCGAAAUGCUUGAACUUGAUCAUGUUAUGGAACAGGGUUUAACAGAUGCAUCAGCUCCAGAGAAUCAAGGACAAGAGCCCAGUGGUUGCGAUCUCAGAGCAAGGACCUGCCUCAUGGAUGACUCUUGAAUCAAGCCACCUUGUUGUGAAGGUGUAUAUAAAGAGAGGAACCAAUUCACCAAUAGCAGGGCACGUGCUCCAACCUUGAACCCAUCUUUCCAUGCGGGAAAAGAAAACCAUGGAGUGGGGUGCAUGCUGCACCCUGGCAACUGCCCCUUGGAAAUAGGCUCAUGCAUGUACUUUGUCCGGCUGUAGUAUUGCCCUUUGCAGCGUUUACUGCAGAGUUGCUCAGGCUGGCAUGUCCUACCUACUAUAGGACAGCAGUAGUAUGUUUGUUUUCAAGAAUAAGUGGAAAUAACAGGAAUAUUAUUUCUAUUUUAAGAUUGUUUUUUGUGCUAGCAUGAAGGCCUUAGGGGUGCUGGCACCAUGUUGGAUAUUUUAGUGGGGAUAGUUAUUAUUCUUGUUCCAAGUAAACCAAGAUUUCUUAUCACUCGCUGCUCUUUUUUUAGAAAAAGUAGUAUUUGGUGAAGUUUUCUUUUGGUUAUUACCAUGUCCACAGUCUCCUAGCCAGUGUGGCUUUUGGCUUUUGGCCUUUGGCCAUGCUCAUUUGGGAAUUCUUGAAAUUGUAAGCCUACAAAAAUGAAGUAAAGAUAUGGUGAAGAGAAGAUGGAUGGGACAAAAUUCAAGAAAGAAACAUGAUGCCCACACUCCUGACUAUGGACCAUCUUCCCAAGCUUUUGUAUCCCCAUCAUAGCCAUUAUGUUUUAAGAAUAAUGUAUAGCCUUAUAAGAUAAGGGUGGCAAGUUCUCAGAUGUUGGUCUUGGGAAAUCUUACUUCCUAAAUGUGUAGUGCAGUCUCCAGAAGGACACACUGUUGUUUUUUAAGCAAACUGCUCUGUUCCUCUCCCUGAUGUAAUUUAAUUUAAUGCUAUUUAAUAAGAUUGGCAAGGGUGGAUUAAGGGCUCAGCCAUGCAGAAAGCUUGACCAGGCUUUACAGUCUCUUUAUUUGUUCUGGUGAACUUUAUUUUGUGACCUCCUGAAUUUAAGGGUAAAAGAGACCAAGGGUGUUUAGUCUCAAACUCAAAGGAUGACCUUUCUGGAUUCUGAUCUUGGUUUGAAUGUUAAUUGUGAACUGUGCUUUGCUCCCUUGUCUUGCAGUGACUACUCUAUAUAUUUGCUGUUAGAAACCAAAGCAUUAAUGCUACUUAGAGCAUUCCCAUCUCUGUUGCUUGGUGGGCAAGGAUGGUGCACUCAAUCACCUUUGUGGGAAACUAGUUCCCUGGGUCAUCUAAAGAAGCAAAACAUAACUAAUUGUCCAUGCUGGGCCUGUCCUCGUCAAAGGUCACAACCAUGUCUUUCACUGCCACUGCUUGGUUUUAUUACAGCUCAGGCCUGGUAGGUCCUUUUACUUCCUUCAGUUGGAAAAAGAUGCUUCCUAAAAAAAUUCCAAGGCUUUGUUCACGCACAAAUGGGAAACUACACUUCAGACUUUUAUUUACCUAAGUUCUGAAAUUACUCAACUUUAGCUUCUAAAAUUAAGAUUCCCAUUUUAGUAGCACUGUGGCUACUACUGUUUGGCAAAUAUUGUUAUGGCCUUGUGACAAAUGUGUUUACUUCUUGGGGAACAACAAACAAACUGCCACCACUCCUUAAUUGUUGUGAUAUCUUCCAUGACUCAAAAACUUUUAAUACAUGUAUUUCUGGGAGCCCGGCUCUUAAAACUAAAGGUCAGACCUGUUUUUGAAAUAGAAUCAUUUGCAAGUGUCUUCCAUGCUGUUGUAAAGAUUUCUGUGUCAACCUUCUCUGAAGCACUUGGAAUUCAUGUGAAACUUAAUUCUGUGAAGAUGUUGUAACAUUCCAUGUGGUACACACCUAACGUAUUUUGGAAAGCCUAAACAGUCUGAGUUGCUAAAAACACAAUCUUAGCAGAACCCAUUCUCUCUUGGGUCCUGGUCAGAGAAUGCAGUUACUUGUACCAUUCAUGCACUUCAGAAGUGAUCACAGGGUGAGAGAAAUUGAGAACCUCAGGUUCAUUUUGGAGCUGCUUCUACUUCCAUUUUCCUUGGAUCAUGUCUCCAACACACAGGAGAGGGUCGUGUUUUUUUCUUUGUGGAUUCUGUGAAUGCACACAUGUUGGUGUAUCUGAGCCUGUGCAGGCUCCAACAGAAAACUUCCAACAGAAAACUUCCAACUGUCUUCCUGGACAGUACAACCCUCUUUUCAGGCAGGGCUCCAAUAUCCAGCAGCCUUGGCCAACAUAGCCAAAAGCAUGGAGACAUUGGAACUUCAGUCCAACAUUUGCAAGGUCAUGAAGUUCCUCCUGUCCUUUUUCUAUGAUGCUGUUAUGUCCCAUGUUACCAGAUGGCAGAAAUUCCCCUCCCUCCCAUGGUCUCUUUUCAUAGGUUGAAGUUCUCAUGGUGAAUAGCUUCAGACCUUCUCAUGAGGUGAGCACUUAAGAUCCCAACAGUGAAGCAGAAAAUAGGGCACUAGAAUGAGGUAAAUGAGAAAAUCUACUAGAUCUGAGAGAAAUGCAACAUCGUUACAUUGACAAAAUUUGGUACUUAGAAGAUGUAGCUCCACAUCUUUCCUGAGUUAUGGGUCUGAGAGCCAAAAGGCAUUUAAUCAGAAAUGUCCUUAUACUUAAUAUUCUUAAGUGCUAUUUUGUAAGAGAGGCAAAGACUUUGCCUAAUGAGAAUCACCCAUUUGAGGCUUCUUUUUGCCUUGGGAUGGAAUCUCAGAUUAGUGCAAACAGGAACUUUGUUUCCAAUGCAAAUUGCAGCUUCAAAGAAGUCAUUGUCAUUGGAACAGCAGCAGGCAGGUUAACUUUCCUUUCCUCAGCAGGUGCUGUUAGCAUUUUUAAAAAACACAUUGGAUAAGAUCCUAUACCCAGCAGUUGUAGUGUAAUGCUCCAUUUGUGCCUUUUUAUAUUCCCCAGUCUGUUCGUUUUUAGCCUUACUAAAAGGAAGGGCAGAAGAUACAGCAGGUCCAGGCUCAUAAGGAGGAAGAGGCACUCUCAUACAUUGUACACUUUCCUUCCUUUUGAACGCAAGACAGAACUUCUUUCUCUUCUGAAUUGCUCCUUUCCCUCCCUUUCACACUUGUAAAGACUAGCAAGCGGGCAUGACAGGUAUGGAGGGGGGAAACUUAGGACUGUCUGCAAAGGGAAAGAAAAAAAACCACUCUGUGCCCUGUCCAAAAAAAGUCAUACACUCAUCUAAACCAGCUUUCUGCUCAUUAAGUGCAAAGAUAAAUUUAGCUUCCUUUUUAGUCUGCUUCCAGAUUCUAAGACUAAAUGCAGUUGCUUGUCCCAGUUAAGGUACUGGAUCAAUGGGAUUUACAUGAGUGUUGACUGAGUACAAUAGACUUAAUGAUCAUUCCCAUCAGGGUAAGCAACUGGAUUUAGACCUAAGUCUGAUGGGAGCCAUGAAACAUUCCAGAUGUUCGGCUACAACUUCCAACAUCUGUUGCCAUUGGAUAUAUUGCUGGAGACUGCUGGGAGCUGCACUCCAACAACAUUAGGGGCUGCAUGGCUCCCACCCCUGUCUUAGUCCCCUAAACAGGUGGCAGACAAUGGCACAUUAAGACCACCUCCAACCUGAAUGUCUUGGACUACAGUUUUCAUCAGCCCUUAAUAAUCAAGGAUAAUGGGAAACAUUCCCAAUUGCAGAAAGCGACACUAUAUGUAGUCUUUUGCGUUUAGUGACAGAUGAUUAUGUUCAGGUUUGGUGGAGGGGCAGGAAUCUGCCUUUUGGGCCCAGAAAGAUGUCAUUUUGAUAUAGCUUUGCAUUUUUAUGGCUCAGCCGUGUACAUUUCUAAUUCAUUUAAUAUUAGAUCAGGAUUCCCCCUCCCUCCCUUUUCAGGUUCAUUUUCUUAUAUUCAUUUCACCAUGUUAUGACUAAGCUCAGGGAAAGUAAAACGGAUUAGCAGAUGCCAUUUUCUGUUUUCCUAACUGCUUCAGCAAAUGUUAAAAAAGCAAGUUCAACUGUUAACUCUUGUCAGAGCAGUGAGUGUAUCCGAAUGACCUUGCAGGAGGCAUUUUGAUGGAUUUCCUGGGAUCUUGCUGUCUUCCCAAUGCAAAUGAUGGUGAGAGAUUAAAGAGUUUUAAGAGUAAGUUAGUUUAGGAUCAUGAGAUGCAUAUUGUGGUUUUUUUCAAGAUACUAAAUUAUGCAAAAUCUUCCAGUUGAGGCAUGACUUCUCCAUUUUGGACUCCUUUUCAUUUCUUGCCCCUUUUUGUGCAUUGACUUGCCACAAUGCUGUCACAAAGAUGGCAGGCAGACUAAGGCAUUCUUGACACAUACCAGAUUUUACUGAUUCAGUCUUCCCAAGUGUCGCUUCCUCCAUUUUCCUUGGGAAAUCCAUCUCACACAAACCUAGACUUAGCACUAGAUAAUAAAGCCAAAUGUUGCGUGGAGCAUAGGGGUUAAGAUAAUGCCAGAACGAGAACACAUAUAUGAAUGAGGCUCUGGACUGGGGUGGAAAAUGCCGAGAGGGGAUCCCACUGUUCCGUACAUAUUGGUUUUACUUGCACAUUAUUGUGUUCAAAUGUGGCUUCCAUUGUAGCCCUCGCUCUGCUUGUUUGCAUUCUCUGCAGAUGGAGAGUUCAUCACCUCCUGCCAUUUUGAUGCAUUGUUCAGUGCUAACUGUAAUGCUUGUUGCCCUCAGUAACAAGGCCAGCCUAAACACUCAGGCCUGGAAAUCCAAAUGAUCCGCAAACAGCUGGAAUGGCCCUGUAGACCGGCAACAAGAGCCGCCUCCCACUGUUUUGUCUUAUUUCCUCCAACAAAUGUAAUAUCUGUAAAUAUUUCAAAGUCGCAUUUUUAUUAUGUGUUCUUGCAAAUGCCAGCAUUCUAUUGGCUGGAAGGUGGUUGUUAUUUUUGUUGUUGUUUUUUAAUGCCUGUUUUAACUUGGACAGCAGUGUACAGUCUCUGUGUGUAAGCCCUAUUUUGUCUCUAUGAAGCAAGCCAUUUGUAAUAA